AAUUUGAAAGCAUCUUUGGUAUUAUAGUUGUCGCUAGCUAAAUUGAAAGGCUGUAAAAAGCUUGUUGUAGUUCACCAUUACUAUAUUUGAUGUAUUUUGUUAUUUUUUGUGUGUUGGCUUGUUUAUCGACAUGUUUUUGUUUGAUCGAAAAGGAUGAGAAGAAUGCAAACCACUGUGAUCUUCUAAAGCAGUGGCUUGAAUCCUCACUGGUUUCAGUAGAGAUCAUCAAAAAGGGUUUUCACAGGGAUGUGGUAACGACUGUUGAGCUCAGCCGUGACGUGCUCAGUGGUGUCAGAGUUUUGCUGGUUCAUAGAUGGCCCAGAGGUGUCUAUGUUGAUCCGUACCAACUUGCAUCCUUGAGAGAUCAAAGCGAUUGGAAGAUAUUACUAGAUUCAGCCAUUGACCUAGAGGUACCUGCUCACGAGACUUCGGGAUUUGUCACCUAUGUGUAUCCCACCCCUGAUGGACCAACUCUCACACUGCUCAAAGUAACGAUUCCUAUACACGGUCGUUACCACAAGCCGUCUUUUGUUGGGGAAAUAUUUACAUCUGUCGACAUAGAACCUCCAGAGCUACUGCUGCGGACUGAAAAAUGUAUGCAGCUCAACAACGUAAAGCCUCAUUCUGUCGUGGACGCCCCCUGUUCUCCGGACAAUUCAAGCACAUGUUCGUGGGUUAAACUUCAGCAUCAGCCACAGGAGCGAGCUCCUGUGGCUGUCCAGUUUCCAGUUGGUGACGGGUCUUUGGUGACGCCUGUGUGCGGUGGAACUCUUCUAGUCACAAUGCUCUGCUGUGUGGCACUGUCUAAACACAUGUGGACACAUCAUUUAAACAGUGGUGGUCAAUAUCUUGUGUUAAACAACUCAUGACCUUAUAAUUAUACAGUUCUGUCUACUACCAGGAUCAUACAGGCAUCACUAUGAUCAAAGUUUUCAACAUAAACUAUCAAAAGGCCAUACAAAUAACACCACACAGACAAUAACAGGCAUGGAUAGAAAAUGUCCGCUGUACACCUUAUAUUCUGAGGUGACACAAAUAUAAUUAUUAUUUAUCUAUUAUUUUUAUAAGUCGAGGUUUCAAAGUUUGGAGGUUCCUGGUUGAACUCUGUGAAGUUAUCCAUAUAAUUCAGUUACCAGGUUUAUAGAAUAGGAACAUAGUCCAGAGCUUAGGUCUUCAACAGGGGGUUCUGCAGGGGGGGGGGUCGCGAAAUUGUUUGUAGACAAAGCUUGACCUGAAAAACGUUGAAGACCCCUGGUCCAGAGCAUACAAGAAGAUGGCAAUUCUGUAUUUACUCAGUUUAAAACCCUUAACUGAAGAUUGUCGGUGGCCACAAAUAUUAGGAUGUCCUUUAUUCCAUCUUCAAAGUAACAAUAUUUUAAACUCUGAUUAAUAAAAACAAAAUAUCUGCUCUCUU